AUGGCCGGUCCCGGUGGUGGUCCUCCUCGCCGCAGUCACACCAAGUCCCGCAAGGGCUGUGAAACCUGCAAGCGUCGUCACAUCCGCUGCGACGAAAACUUUCCGCAAUGCCGCAACUGCACCAAGCACAAGAUCCGCUGCCCGUACAACGACGUACAGGUGCCUGACGCCGAGCGCUCCACGACGCCGGACAAGCCCGACCUCAUGUGGACGCCGCAGAUCGAGGCGGCCAUUGGCGAGUGGCAGGCAACCGGCGUCUUUCCCUUCCCGUCGCUCGGCGUCUACCCGGCUCCCAUGCCGCAUAUGUACCCGGUCGAGGACCUCCGCCUCAUCUACCACGUCGCCAGCCUGUACCAUCAGCUCGCAUCCAUCGACGCCAACAACUUUACGCUGUGGACCCGCCACAUCCCGACUCUGCUGCGCAUCGGGGCGACCACGCCCUACGUCAUGCACGCCCUGCUCGCCUUCUCGGCCAUGCACAUCGCCUUCCUCACCGACUGCCCCCUGGUCGGCAGCAUGGCCUUUGAGCACCGCGGCAUCGCGCUGAGCGGCCUGCACGAGGCCAUCAACUCCUUCUCGCGCGAGACGUCGGACGCCAUCCUGGCCGCGUCCCUCGUGCUCUCGUGGCAGGCCACAGACUGGCGCAGCUGGACCCAGCUCAUGCAGGGCACCUCGACCGUCAUCGACGCCAUGGACGCCUGGAAGCACGAGUCGCUGUUCGGCGACUUCAUCGCCGAGAGCAGCACGUUCCCCACGGCGCCGCCCUCGCCGGCCCCGGACCACCGGCCCAGCCAGCCCCGGGACGAGGACCUCGCGGCCUACCAGCGGACCCUCGAGCAGGUGCAAAAGGUCGAGGCCCACCUCAAGCGCAACAAGGAGGAGACGACGCAGGUCCAGCACCUCAUCGGCUUCCUCAAGGGCGCCCGCAAGAUCAGCCCCACGCUGUCCAUCGCCGGCCAGUACGAGCGCCUCCAGCCGCUGCGCACCUGGCUCUUCUGGAUGCCCGUCGGCUACCUGCAGAGCUACCACGGCUCGCCCAACUCGCUCGUCAUCAUCGCCCACCUGUACACCGUCGCCAUCCUCAUGGAGCGCCUGUUCCCGGAGAUUGGUGCCGCCUACUUUGGCAGCCUGUCCAUCUCGCCCGUCGAGGAGAUUGCCCGCCGCCUCAUGUCCUACAGCGUGGCCGGCCACCACGGCGCCGACGGCACCCAGCAGCAGACGCCCCUGACCCUCAUGGAGUUCCCCAUCGACACCGUCGGCGAGUUUCGCUCCCGGAUGGGCUGGGUUCACCCGGAGAGGACCCCGUCUUUCCCGCAGUUCAACCCGCCCAACUUCCCGACUCUUCCGCCUCACACGGCCGCCGAACAGCAGCAGCAGCAGCAGCAGCACUACAUGCCCUACGGCAACGUCUCCUUCAGCUACAGCACCGAGGAGAUGCCCAUCCUCAACAGCGCCUCCAUCCCGGGCCAGGCCCAGCCGCCGUCGGUCAGCCCGCUCAUGCUGUCGUCUCCCUUCCCGAGCCAGCAGUACCUCGGCAUCCCGUCGCCCUCGUACCACGGCGCCUACAGCCCGGCCUCGUCCACCUUUGAAGGCUCCGUCGCCUACAGCGACUCGGAGGACUACUCGUCUGCCUUCGACCUGGCUGGUGCCGCCUCCUACGACCACGGCCACCAGCCGGCCAUGUUUGGCGAGGCACAUCGCAGCUACGGCGUCGGGUUCGUCCCUCCCCACCAGCCCGUGUGGAUCUAG